UGGAAGAGACGAGAGAGACCGCGAGAGAGAACCAAAAAAUCUCACAAGUCACUGAAAGAGGAAGUAGCAAAGUCACUGUUGUGAGAUAAACCCUAGCCGCUACUACUUCUACUCCGCCGCGGUCCACUUCCUCGCCGGAAUCUGACUACCGACGCCGCCUCUUCCUUCUACACUCUCUCGCAUUUGUAACCCUAGCUUUCUCUCUACUCUCUCUCAUUUUCGCCGCUCACAAUGGCAGCUAUGCUGCAACCGCAGAUUAUAUUGCUGAAGGAAGGGACUGAUACAUCCCAGGGCAAGGCACAAUUGGUGAGCAACAUAAAUGCUUGCAUGAUGGUGGCCGAUGUGGUGCGAACCACACUUGGUCCGAGGGGUAUGGACAAGCUGAUCCAUGAUGAUAAAGGCAGCACAACCAUCUCUAAUGAUGGCGCCACCAUAAUGAAGCUUCUAGACAUUGUUCAUCCUGCUGCUAAGAUUCUUGUUGACAUCGCCAAAUCACAGGACUCUGAGGUUGGUGAUGGAACCACUACGGUAGUUAUUCUUGCCGGGGAGUUUCUGAAGGAGGCCAAACCUUUUAUCGAGGAUGGGGUCCAUCCUCAAAAUCUGAUACGGAGUUAUCGGACUGCAAGCUAUUUGGCCGUUGAGAAGAUCAAAGAACUAGCUGUCAGUAUAGAGGGGAAAAGUUUGAGUGAAAAGAAAACUUUAUUAGCUAAAUGUGCUGCUACAACGCUCUCUUCAAAGCUCAUUGGUGGAGAAAAAGAGUUCUUUGCGUCAAUGGUUGUGGAUGCUGUUAUUGCAAUUGGGAAUGAAGAUAGGCUAAAUAUGAUUGGUAUAAAGAAGGUUCCUGGAGGUACCAUGAGGGAUUCUUUCCUUGUAAAUGGUGUUGCCUUUAAAAAGACAUUUUCAUAUGCGGGGUUUGAACAACAACCAAAGAAGUUUGUAAAUCCCAAGAUACUCUUGCUAAACAUUGAAUUGGAACUGAAAUCAGAGAAAGAAAAUGCAGAGAUAAGACUUUCCGAUCCAUUACAAUAUCAGUCAAUUGUUGAUGCUGAGUGGAAUAUCAUUUAUGACAAGUUGGAUAAAUGUGUGCAAAGUGGGGCCAAAAUUAUUCUGUCACGGUUGGCUAUUGGUGAUCUAGGCACACAGUAUUUUGCAGAUCGAGAUAUAUUUUGUGCUGGUCGCGUUGCUGAAGAGGAUCUGCAGCGGGUUGCAGCCGCCACUGGUGGAACUAUACAGACAUCUGUCAAUAAUGUUAUUGAUGAGGUUCUUGGGACUUGUGAGCUUUUCGAGGAGAGGCAAGUUGGAAAUGAGCGUUUCAAUAUAUUUAGUGGAUGCCCAUCAGGUCUGACAGCCACUAUUGUUCUUCGCGGUGGAGCUGAUCAGUUUAUUGAAGAAGCUGAAAGGAGUUUACAUGAUGCAAUCAUGAUAGUUAGAAGGGCUAUGAAGAACUCUACUGUGGUUGCUGGUGGUGGUGCUAUAGAUAUGGAGAUAAGCCGGUACUUGAGGCAGCAUGCACGCACAAUAGCAGGGAAAUCUCAGCUUUUUAUCAACUCCUAUGCAAAAGCUUUUGAGAUUAUCCCACGGCAACUGUGUGACAAUGCUGGAUUUGAUGCUACUGACGUGCUGAAUAAACUGAGACAGAAACAUGCACUUCCAUCUGGUGAGGGUGCACUAUAUGGGGUGGAUAUCAACACUGGUGGAAUUGCUGAUUCAUUUGCUAACUUUGUGUGGGAGCCAGCAGUUGUGAAGAUCAAUGCUAUAAAUGCUGCUACUGAGGCAGCUUGCCUAAUAUUAAGCGUGGAUGAAACAGUAAAAAACCCAAAGUCUGAGAGCGCACAGGGAGAUGCUGCUGCAGGGGCCAUGGGUAGAGGUCGUGGACGAGGUGGUUUCCCUGGUCGUGGACGAGGAAUGCGAAGACGAUAGGCUUUUUCCAGAUUUUACAUCCUCGAAAGCAUCAUUUAUUGGUUAAUCAAAGUUUGACUCGCUGUUCGACUCAAAUGUUCCUCUUUUUGGGUCAUUUCGCUCGUAGCUCUAAAACUUUCACACUGCUAGAUUUUGUGGAAUGUUUCUGCUGCUAGUGGUUUGGUCUUUUGUGGGUGAGGAAUAUAUGUGUAUUUUAAAUGGAGAGGAAUCUUUUAAUUGCUGGGGUGACUCGCAAUUUUAUUUUCGGUUUUGGAUUGGCUAGUUUGAAUUUCUGAUAUUCAAUGCAAAAGAUAUCAACAGACUUGUUUUCAUAA